AUAAUAAUAACCUGAUUUUUUAAGAAUAAACAGUCCUAAUAAUUCUCCUCACAAUCUGGUGAAUUAAUAGCAAUAACUCAUCAAGAUCUCGUGCUUCCUAUCUCAAUAACAGCAGCACUGCAUUCUCGUGUUUCAUUAAUUUGCAGUGAUUCACCUAAAAGUUUAUUUGCUCAAUAUCUUAAUAAUAAUCCUGUAAGGAGAUAAUAGAAAUCGCUGGGUUAAAGUUGACCGAAAGUCCAGAGGACAAUCAUGUCAUUGAGAGCAUGUGGCUUGAUUAUCUUCAGGAAACUGCGUGAGACAUUGCCUGCUUCUGCUGCUGGGAACAACAUUGAGUACCUUCUCCUGCAGACAUCCUAUGGGUCUCAUCACUGGACCCCUCCGAAAGGCCAUGUUGAUCCUGGGGAAGAUGACUUGCAGACCGCCCUCCGGGAGACGCAGGAAGAGGCUGGACUGGACUCCACUCAGUUCACCAUCAUUGACGGGUUUAAAAAGGAGCUGAACUACAGUGUCAACGGCAAAGCCAAAACCGUCAUCUACUGGCUGGCUGAAAUGAAGGACAACAACACAGAGGUCAAGCUCUCAUCGGAGCACCAGGCCUUUUGCUGGCUGACCCUCAAUGAGGCUUGCAGGCUUGCAGAGUUCAAGGACAUGCAAGGCGCCUUUAGGGAAGCACACAACUUUCUCUGCUCCAAGGGCUGAAUGCUCCAGGGCAGUGUUACCCAACCUUGGGCCUCCAGCUGUUUUUGGACUACAGCUCCCAUCAUCCCUUGCUAGCAAGACCAGUGGUCAAAGAUGAUGGGAAUUGUAGUCCAAAAACAGCUGGAGGCCCAAGGUUGGGGAACACUGCUCCAGGGGAUGCAGGAAUGGGGUUUUGUUUUCAGCUAAAAAGCUGAAAGUUUAACUGAUGAUUCAUAAAAAUAAAAGCAGAGAAUACUAGGGGGGAAAUGCAAAAAUCUUAAAGAUGCACUUUAAUUAUGUCAAGCUACUUAAAGCAUGGAUGUUUCCAUCCCCCCGAAUUCUUAGAGAGGGAUGUUUAGCGCGAGCAGAAUUCAAAACAGCCUCUAUAAGUUAUAUGCUGAGCCUUUAUACUGGGCUUUGACAAUUGGCGAAACAGGGUCUGGAUGCAACCUACAGUUUGUGGCGCUCAGUGAUGUUCAUGGAGGAGAGUUUUAUCAAGAACUGCUAGCCAUGCUAACUAAGUGGCAGGUUCAGAGGCAGGCAGCAAAUAGUAGAGAGAGACACACUUGUCGACAUUGUGACUGCUUGUGAGCUUCCUAGAGGCAUUUGUGUGUCGUUGUUGGAAACAGAAUGCUGGUCUAGAUGGACCUCUGGUCUGAUCCAGCAAGGCAGUGUCUUAUGCAUUUGUAUAAACUUGUAGCAGCGGCAG